AUGUUGUCUACCAGAGGAGCAAGCUGGGCAAAGAUCAGCUUCAAUCAUGGAUACCAAAAUUCUUAUGACCCUGUGAGCAACCCGAAUGGGGUUUGGCUGGUGCAAGAUGACCUCGCUCAAUUCAUCAACACCCAUUGCCAAUUUGAUAAAAUAUGCUGCACGUACGGCGAGGGAUUCACAGGUACGAUCCGUCUGCGGAAUGCGACGGCGAAGCAUUUGAACGCGCACUUCAAGCCUGCGCAAAGCAUCGAUCCCGAGCAGAUCACAUAUGCCGCCGGCGUGACGGGUCUGAACGAAGUCUGCGCUUUGGUAACCUGCAACCCCUACAGCAAUGAUUCCAUUCUUCUUGGGAGACCUAUCUACGGGUCUUUUUCCAAAGAUUUGACCAUGAGAACUGGUGUAACCCUGGAGUACGUAGAUGUCGGCGACACCGAUCAGUUUUCUGUAGACUGCGUUGCCGCAUAUGAAGCUGGAUUCGAGGCUGCAAAGGCGCGCGGCAUCAAUAUCAGAGCCUUGUUAAUAUGCAACCCACAUAACCCCCUAGGCCAAUGCUACCCCCGUGAAACUCUCAUUGGGUUGAUGCGCCUCUGUGCGUCCAAGGGAAUCCAUAUUAUUAGCGACGAGAUAUAUGCUCUCUCGGUGUACAAAUGGGAUGAUGAUAACCGCCCGUCCGAAAAAUUCACGUCCAUUCGAGAAAUUGAUCCUACAGGCAUCAUCGACCCUCGCCAAGUUCACGUGCUCUAUGGAAUGUCGAAAGACUUCGGCGCAUGCGGAAUGCGUCUCGGCUGCAUAAUAUCUCAGAACACGGAGUUCACGAACGCCACACGUGCUAUCUGUCGCUUUUCGUCCCCGUCGCAGUUCGCCAUGGAGAUAGCAGCUAAGAUUCUUGAAGACCAGGAGUAUGUCACGGGAUUACUGGAGAAAUCACACAGGCUAUUGCUGCAUGGUCGGCUGGUAGCCGAGGACCUUCUCGCUAAAGCUAACAUUAGCUUCCAUAAAAAGGGCAACGCAGGCUUCUUCCUCUGGCUCGACCUGGCACCUUACUUACCCCUGGAUGAAACCAACGGGGAUGCAUGGGCAGCUGAAAGAUUGCUAUCCAAGCGCUUUACUGCCGCGGGGGUCAUCAUGGCGACGGGAGAAGCAUACUCAGCUGCCAAUCCGGGUAGAUUCCGGCUUAUAUUUAGUCUCAGGGAGUAUGCCGUGAGGGAGGGGCGUGUGUUUUGGGACAAUGAUCUUGGCGAUGUGGUUUUGCGAGUAGAUUUACCUGGACGACGAUGGUAA